AUGGUGGAUCGAUUCCAAGAUAGUUUAGUGGCCGAUUACGGUGCAGUGACUGCACUACGGCCGCAAUUCACAAGCCACGGCGGAUACUCUCUCCUCACCAGCACCCACGUACACCCAGCGGAAGUCUUUCUAUUUAUCCCCAAGCAGUGUUUGCUGAAUGUGGAGUCUGAAUCCAUCCGACAACGCUAUCCGCGCUCUCUCACCAGUUUCCAAAUCCUCUCUUCUCACCUCACACGGCUUAGAAUGGGCGAUUUGGAGUGCACGCGUCUCGAAUCGCCCUAUCUCGAUACACUCCCAGCCGAUUUCUCGUUCCAUCCAUUGUGCUGGCCACAGGAGAAGCUAGACAGGCUGCCCAUCCACGUUCGAAAAUUGGUUGAACAUGUCUCACACCGGUUUGAGAGUGAUUUCGCGGCUUUUAGGAGUCAUUUCGAGGCGUCAAAGUUACUGAUACAGAAACACACACAGCCAAUCGCAGAGGUGUUCAAAUGGGCGUGGCUCGUCGUCAACACCCGCUGCCUCUACUAUCCAAUCCAGGACGUGGAGAAAGAUUCGCAGCUCUCUCUGUGCCCCUAUCUCGACCUUCUCAAUCACUCCUCGCCCUCGCCCAACACUACAAACCUCUUCAACGCCCUCCCAAAACCUGAAAUUCCUUUGCGCGAAGGCGGUUAUGAACUUGUUAAUAACUCAACUCAUACUAUACCACCAGAUACAGAGAUAUGUUUCAUGUAUGGCCCUCAUAGUGAUGACUUUCUUCUCGCAGAGUAUGGUUUUGUGCUGGGGUGGGAGAAGAACGCUUUCACAGAGGUGAACAUUAGUGAUUUGGUGAAACAAUUGAUUAAAGAGGAUUGGAAGAGAGACCAGUUGCAAGAGAAUGAUUUGUGGGAUGACUACACUCUACAUCUGUAUCCUGCACCUGCGUGGCCAUCGCAGAGGACGCUGAUGGCGCUAAGAAUGGCGUGUCUGUCACGUGAAGAGGAGGGUGAGUGGUGCAAGGUUGCUGGCUAUCAGAAGGAAUCGAUGAAAAAAUUCAAGAGAACAAACCAGAUUAUGCGGUGA